AUGGGGGAACCUCAAAUCACAAACACAAGUGACCCCUCGAUCUCAUUCCCCAUCUCAUUGGACCAUCAGUACAAUGAGAAGACGGCACAACCGAGUAUCGGCAAAGGGUCCUUGUGGUGUAUAGACCCAGAAUACAGGCAGAACCUGAUCCAAGCCUUGAAAAAGACUCCCUACCAUCCCUACUCCCACGUCUUCAACACCCCCCCAACCUCUCCUCAGGCAUAUCAAAGCACAUCGGUCCCUCCCCUCUGGCCAGGAAGCGGUCUCUUCAAGAAGAAUGGUGCGCUGCUCCAGGGUUCGGACAUUGCCGCCGCCGCCAGCGCCAUGAUGCUCUUGAAUUCUCCCCAUGAUUUACACGCAGGUUCACACCAUCCGUGUCACUGCAGCGCUGUGGUGGUUCUGAUUGUGGCGCGGCUCCACUCGGUUAUAAUCUGGAUGGCGGAUUCCGUGUGUGUGUCAGUGACGGGAAAGGAGCUGCUGGUAAAUUAUUCAGGAACAGCUGUCACCGCACCGGGAAUCCCAGGAAAGAACUUCAAUAUUUUGAUCAGCCGAUCACGUUCAGGGAAAACACGGCAGCAGACUGAUUCACGGCGGCGGUGGCGGUUUGUGCUGCAGCUUGCCGUGCGUCGGGAUUUUGUACUGAGCCGCAUUCCACGUAGCUCCGGGAACGGGAUCAUCAACUGCCGAAUGCGGACGGAGAGCGAACCGUCUUGCGGCUCCCCGUUAGUCAGCAGCGACCCCAAGGAGGACCACAACUACAGCAGUGCCAAGUCCGCCAGCAAGCGGAGCUCGUCGUCCGCCAGCGACUCCGUGUCCUCUUCCUCCGCCGACGACCACUUCGAGUUCACGGCCAAGGUCUGCCGCGACGGCAGCGACGUCAGCCUGCAGAGCCACGAGAGCCACAGCGAGACGGAGGAGGACGACAAGAAACAGGCCAAGAAGGAAGCCAGGGAAACGUUAUCCGACAGCGGCUACUCCUCGCAACACAAGAAAAAGCAGCACUUGCUGAAAGUGCGGCGUAUCCCCAGCGACGCCCUGCCGCUGAAAAAGAGACGCACGGAAAAGCCGCCGGAAAGCGACGACGAGGAGAUGAAAGAGGCGGCGGGUUCCCUUCUGCACUUAGCGGGGAUCCGAUCGUGUUUGAAUAACAUCACCAAUCGGACGGCAAAGGGGCAGAAGGAGCAAAAGGACAAAGAAACCGCAAAAAAUUAGAGCAAAUCUUUUUGAUUUGUUUGAACUCGGAACUGUGUCUUUUACGCACGUCAGGUGAACUA